AGUAGUAAUGAUCUUUCCUUUCUAAAAACAAAAAAGAAGGAAAAGCUUCCAACUAGUAAUAUAAACUAUUUACUAGAAAAUAUCGACCAACUUUUAGAGAGGAGCUGGGGCUUAGGGGGGAGAGAGUUAGUUACUUUGGAGGGGGGGGGGGUGUUAUGUAAGCUUAAGCAGCUAAUAAGCUGCAGCUUUAAGUUUUCCUAGCUUUUCCUUCUCUUUCAAUGUUGAUCUCGCUCUCAAUGUUUUCCUUCCGAUUUUUAUUUUUUUCCAAUUUUCUCUCGUUAAAUGAGUGAAAUACACGUUAUUCUCGUCCUUUGUUGUUUUUUGGAGGCUGUUGUCUAUCUUUUAGGUGAUUAAGUUAUUUGGAAGAUAGAAGAUGCAAGGGGGGUUAUGAGGGAAAGAGAUAAAAGUCUUGAUUCCUAUACUUACUUUACUGUCGGAUUUCCCUAUGAACUAGACCCAAUACUAGAUACUUCUCAAUUCAAGGAAGGGAAAGUCCCUCCAAGUCUUCCAAGCUUUCCCUUGUUUUUAAAUUUGGUUGGCCACUAGAUGGCCUUUCUCCCCUAGGAGUACUCCAAGGCUUCCCUUGGUGACUCAGGAGUUUCCCCUGCUAGAAGGAUGGCCCUUUUUCCCUAGGGUUCCUCCAAGGUUUCCGUUAGUGUCUCAGGGUUCCCCCCAUGUCCUCCAAUGUUUCUACUCCAAGAUUUAUCCUAUAGUAAGGCUUUAUUUUGGAGUCAAAACUACUCAUUUAAACUUUAGUAGGUUCCAUUGUUGUUAUUAGAGAUCAACUCUGGAUUUUUCCUGGUUCCAGAAUCCAGAUCCAGGCAUUUUUUGAUUUUUGGAUUGGAUUUGGGUUUUCCUGAAUUUUUCCUGGAUCCAGAUCGAGAAGCCUGUCCAAGUUACUAAUUUAAAUCCAUAAUUCACAUCCAGGAUUUUUGAAAAUACCAAUCUCUCUAGUUGCUAUUGCCAGUCUAUCUCCUAAUAAUUUCCUUCUCUUCCAUCGUUCUCGUUAUAAUAUUUUUAUUUUUAUCACUCAUUCGAUCAGAUCUUUCCCAGUCUUUCUCAUUAUU